AUGAAAAGAUUGAGUAAGGAAAAGAUUGAGCUCAUUAAUGUACCAUGCAACAGCCAUUUAUCCAACAGAAAGCUUGCAGUGAAGUUAGGUUUAAGUGAACAAUCAGUACGAAGAUUCAGGAUCAAAAAAAGUAAAAAUCUCCCUGGACGUCCAAAUGUGCUAUCUAAAAAAGAAACCAAUGUCAUUUUACGAAAAUUUGGGUCUGGUUUACUACAGGUUAGUAGUGAUGGGAUAGCAUAUGUUGCUGAAUCGUUCGAUAAAAAAAUCGAAAAAUCAACUAUUAGGAAAUUAUUGAUCAAAAACGGCUUCAGAUCCAACAAAAAAUUAAAGGACCAGCAUUAUCAAAAAAGAAUCUGA